AUGGACUAUGCAUGGGGCCAGGCAGUGGAAGGCGAACAUGCUAUUGAGCUCCCUGAGACAAUGGACAAUUGGAUUGACAUGAGUGAGGGCAAUCUGGUUAAACCGACUGGAAGCCUCCUCGAUACUCUUCUCAUUGUUAGUUCAUACCCUACUGCCAAGGAGGACAGCACCGUACAUCGAUCGUAUGGUACCACCCUAGACAUUUCGAACGAGUCGAUGUUCAUGAUCUACACCAAGCUUGGACAUCACGUAUCCUCGAUCAGGGACCACGGCGCCCUCCACUUGGACGUAUUCCCCAGGCGAGUGAACCGAAACCUUGCGCUCGGUCUAGGGAAUAUCGUCGACCAGGUCCCGACCAAUCUAGGCAUGUAUUGGAAACUCGUGGUCCGUCAGCUCAUUGAGUUGUCGCAUUCCAAACUGGCUCUCCUCGUCGGGUCCGCAGGCGUUGCCACGUACGUCGACUAUCUCAAACAAAACAACAUCCGCCAUCAAAUAUUUGGUCAUCGAACAAAAGCGUGCAACGCUACCGGAAAGAGAUUCAUCACGGAGUAG